CACACACACACACAUACACAGCUGACUUGGCAGUUGGCAGCUUCUAGGUUGGAAAUGGGAAAGUCUGUGCCUGCUAAGCUGGUUUCUGCUUCAAGUGCCUGCAUGUCUGAGGCUGAGUAUGAAGCUUCCAGCAUGGCUGGAGUUAAUUCCCAUUAGAUAGGACUCCGCCCCUCUCUCCCAAAGGUAAAGCAAGGUUUUCAGGCAUCAUUGCAAAGAGCAGCUGGGAUUCCCAUCCCUGUCUGACAAGCUGUGAGGAGAAGUCGUUUCUCAGAGCUAAAUCUGAAGAGAGGGAACAAGUCACUCAGUCUACGUGGUCAGAAGAGAAAACUGUGACCAUGCGGAGCAGCCUGACCCUGGCGGGAACUCUCUGGGCCUUCCUGUCCCUUAUUACUGCCGUGGCCAGUUCUGCCAGUUACUUCCUGCCUUACUGGCUCUUUGGAUCACAGCUAGGGAAGCCAGUGUCCUUCAGCUCAUUCCGGAGGUGCAACUACCCUGUGAGGGGAGAGGGGCACAGUCUGAUCAUGGUGGAAGAAUGUGGGCGCUAUGCCAGCUUCAGUGCCAUCCCAAGCCUAGCCUGGCAAAUGUGUACAGUGGUGACAGGUGCUGGCUGUGUUCUGCUGCUCCUGGUAGCACUGGCUGCUGUUCUGGGCUGCUGCAUGGAGGAACUCAUCUCCAGAAUGAUGGGACGUUGCAUGGGAGCAGCACAAUUUGUGGGAGGACUGCUGAUAAGCUCAGGCUGUGCAUUAUAUCCUUUAGGAUGGAAUAGCCCAGAGAUAAUGCAAACAUGUGGGAAUUUCUCCAAUCAAUUUCAGUUAGGUACUUGUCGGCUUGGUUGGGCCUAUUACUGUGCUGGAGGUGGAGCAGCAGCAGCCAUGUUGAUCUGCACAUGGCUUUCAUGCUUUGCUGGAAGAAAGCCAAAGCCUAUUGUGUUGGUGGAGAGCAUCAUGAGAAAUACCAAUUCUUAUGCCAUGGAGCUUGACCACUGUCUCAAACCCUGA